CAAAAGCCCGCCUCCAUUCUCUUGUCAUCUCUCUUUUUUUCCUUUCGGUGCCCCAGAGCUGUGUGGAGUGGAAACAUGGCGGCCUCUCUGGUCUCUUGCAAUCGGGCCGAUAGAACGAUGAGCGCCCUAUAAGUGAUGGUCUGCGGCCCCUACCCCUUGCUGAAUUCCGUCAGGGAUGCUCUCGGCUCGCUGGAAUCCGGCCUCCGGCGUGCGUCCAAGAAUCUCGAGUUCAAUUCCGGCGACAAGAAACGGGCCCGGGUGGCCGAUGAGACAAGGAUACCAUGGUCCUCUUCAAUCACGAAUCCGAUAAAAUCCUUUCCGGGAGCCCUCGAUGGCGAGAAGAAGAAGGCGAUGGAUGGGCAAUGCGCGAAUUACUUGCAACUUGGGGAAGCCUGGUCCUUGUUGGUCCAUGGCUUCGUCCAGGCCAUUGCGGUCCCCUUUAAGUCCUCUAACAAGUGUUCCGCAGAGCACUACGGCCAGGAGGUAGUAGGCAUGCCCCAUGAAUCCCCCUCUUUGGUUCUUGAAUUGAAAGGAUCGCAGCAAAAUGGAGAUAAGUGCGAGAUCGUUUUGGCUUCAAAGAAAGAGGAUUUCUUGUCGAUAGAACUGCUUCUCGGCUAUGUGAGUGAUCAUCUCGCACAAAACCUUCAGAUGUUCGGCCAGAGGUGCAAGAAAAGCAAUACAAACAGCUGUCGUGAACCGCUGGUUUCCGAUUGUGGUGAACCUUCUAGAUUUGAUCAUCUGGAGUUCAUUAGGUGUUUUGAAGAGAAGAAAGCAGAUGUCGAUCUUUUUCUUGCAAAUAUAGGGAUUGCCAGGGUAGGAGGAGGUGCUUUGGUGGGUGUAGCUUCUGCCAAGGGUGAGUGCGAGUUCGAAGCCUCCAAUGGCAGUAGGAAAGGACCAGUUGGUAUUUCACCACAGAAGAUCACAAGUGGGUUCUUAAACAUGUCGUUGUCAAAUGUCGAGCGGUUGCGGUCCACACUUUCAGCUGUUUCCUGGACAGAGCUGGUUGAGUUAAUCCCGCAGUUAAGACGAUCCUCGAAAGAGCAUCCUGAUAAGGAGAAACUAUUUUCUGUUCAGGAUUUCUUCCGUUAUACAGAAGCCGAAGGAAGGCGAUUUUUUGAGGAGCUGGAUAGAGAUGGAGAUGGCCAGGUAACACUUGAAGACCUUGAAAUUGCUAUGAAGAAGAGAAGACUCCCAAGGAAGUAUGCUCGAGAAUUUUUGUGUCGCACUAGAAAACAUUUAUUUUCAAAAUCAAUUGGGUGGAAACAAUUUUUAUCCUUGAUGGAGCAGAAGGAGCCAACUAUUCUUCGAGCUUACACUACUCUGCGUUUGAGCAAGUCUGGAACACUUCAAAAACACCAAAUCUUGGCAUCACUGAGAAAUGCUGGCCUUCCUGCAAAUGAAGAUAAUGCUAUUGCCAUGAUGCGUAAUCUGAAUGCAGAUGCUAGAGGAUCUAUUUCUUAUAGCCAUUUUCGGAAUUUCAUGCUGCUUCUUCCUUCGGAGUGCCUUGAAGAUGAUCCUCGGAAUAUCUGGUUUGAAGCAGCCACAGUUGUUUCUGUUUCUCCACCUGUGGAAAUAGCUGCAGGAGGUGUUCUCAAAUCUGCAUUGGCAGGAGGCCUUGCAUGUGCACUUUCUACUUCUGUGAUGCAUCCUCUCGAUACAAUGAAGACACGUGUGCAAGCAUCAACAUUGUCAUUCCCAGAAGUAGUGUCAAAACUUCCACAAAUUGGGCUUCAAGGUUUAUACAGGGGUUCCAUCCCAGCAAUUCUUGGACAAUUUUCAAGCCAUGGAUUGCGGACUGGUAUAUUUGAAGCAAGCAAGCUUCUAUUGACAAAUGUUUCCCCUACACUUCCGGAGAUUCAGGUUCAAUCUUUGGCAUCCUUCUGCAGUACAAUCCUGGGAACAGCAGUACGGAUUCCAUGCGAGGUGCUAAAGCAACGACUACAAGCAGGCAUCUUUCACAGCAUGGGAGAGGCAAUUGUGGGUACUCUGCACCAAGAUGGUAUCCAAGGUUUCGUUCGUGGGACUGGUGCCACACUUUGUCGAGAAGUUCCCUUCUAUGUUGCUGGCAUGAGUCUCUAUGCAGAAGGGAAAAAGGCUGCCCAGAACUUUCUUAGGCGGGAUCUGGAGCCUUGGGAGACCAUCGUGGUGGGAGCAUUAUCCGGUGGUGUUGCUGCUGUUGUCACCACCCCUUUCGAUGUUAUGAAGACAAGAAUGAUGACUGCCCCUCAGGGCUUGCCGGUUUCAAUGCAGAUGGUGGCCGUCAACAUUCUCCGUCAAGAAGGACUUCUUGGUCUUUUCAAGGGAGCUGUUCCCAGGUUCUUCUGGAUCGCACCUCUUGGUGCAAUGAAUUUUGCUGGUUACGAACUAGCAAGAAAGGCAAUGGACAGGACUGAGCAUGCGAUCAGCGAGCAGUGACGUGAGAACAGGUAGGGCAAUUCCGGCUAACCCUCUCACUGUAUUUAGGACAAGAUGGAGAGGUUGCACCCAUAACACAGCAAUAUGUGCUUCCAUUUGAAUACGUUUUUGCUCGUGUUUCAUCGUUUAAUUGCUGUAGAAGUUUGGGUUCCCGCGUUGCCACCCUUGUAGCACCAAACAAGAGGCCAAACAUAUAUUUGAGAGAGCUAAAUCAGUAAGCAACUUUUUUUCAUCUAUGUACAUAAUAUGCAAACACAUGCAAGUUAGAAUCAGUUCCAUGUCAUGGUCUACGCCCACCGAUAGAAGGGGCUUUUUUAUCUGCAGGAUUAAUUUUGAAUAAACAGAAUAGAAUGUACAGGAUUCCUGUGUUUGUUGUAUGUCUACAUAUUUACUUUUCCAAAG